AAAAUAGCCGGAAAUUCGUGGCAAAGUGCACGAGUGUUGAUCGUGCAACUUACAUAAUCUUGCAAAGACCCUCGGCGGGAUCACUUCUGUUCUUCCUAUCAGUACUGUAAGAACAACGAACUUUGAACCAAGACAAAAUGCCAAAAGAUCCAAUAAAGGUUUGCAUCACUGGAGCCGCUGGUCAAAUAGCUUAUUCCCUUCUUUACUCAGUCGCAAAGGGAGAUGUCUUCGGAAGUGAUCAGCCCUUGAUUCUGACCAUGUUGGAUAUUCAGCCAAUGCUGGGAGCUUUGGAAGGUGUUUGUAUGGAAUUACAGGACUGUGCCUUCCCCCUGUUGAGAGAAGCCACUCCUACAGCCGACGAAAAGGUAGCUUUCAUGGACAUUGAUGCUGCUCUCAUGGUUGGAGCUUUCCCACGGAAACAGGGCAUGGAGAGGAAGGAUUUGCUGCAAAGAAAUGCAAAGAUUUUUGAGUCACAAGGAAAAUCGCUUGAUCAAUAUGCGAAAAAAAGUGUGAAGAUAGUGGUUGUGGGGAAUCCUGCAAAUACAAACUGUUGUAUCUUGAAGCAUUUUGCACCAAGCAUUCCUGCAAAGAACUUCUCUUGUCUUACAAGGCUCGAUCAGAACCGUGCAUGUGCCCAGAUUGGUAUGCGUCUUAAAACUAGUGCUCAGAACGUGCGUAAUGUGACAAUAUGGGGCAAUCAUUCCUCGACCCAGUACCCCGACGUGCGCCACGCCUCUGUGACUCUGGACGGCGUCGAUUAUAAACCAGUCAGGGAAAUGGUGAAUGACGAUAAUUGGCUUCAUGGAGACUUCAUUACGACCGUUCAAAAGCGUGGCGCGGCCGUGAUUGCUGCUCGCAAACUCUCGAGCGCCAUGUCAGCUGCUAAUGCUAUCUGUGAUCACAUGAGAAACUGGUGGUUUGGAACUUCUGAGGGUCGCUGGGUAUCAAUGGGGGUGUUCUCCGAUGGUUCUUUGUACGGGAUACCCGAGGGAAUAAUUUAUUCCAUGCCCGUGACCAUCGGGGCUAAUCGUGAAUACACGGUUGUGCCCGACCUGAGCAUUGAUGAUUUCUCUCGUGAGAAAAUGGAUUUGACCGCUCAAGAACUUGUGGAAGAGAAAGAAGCUGCGUUUGCAUUUCUUGGUGCAUGACUAGACCAUGAACAUUGUAAACUGUAGAACAGCGACUUAUAUCAUAAUAGUACUCUACCAGGCUUCACAAAUAAAUUUUGCUUCAAGAUUAA